AAAGGCAUCCAAAGCAAAGUGCUGACAGCAGCCUGGGUCCGUUGGUCAGGGAGCCCCAUUGAAGCCCAGUCCGUAUAAAUACCCUCACAAAUGCUUGAACAGUCGACCGCUUGGUGGAUUCCCUUCAACGCACACAGCACGUUCUGUUUGGUCAGUCAGCGCUGAGAUACCUGAAACAAUGGCUCUGACAAACCCUAUGUCCAUGCCCAUGGGACCAUGGAAGAUCACCGUGUAUGACCAGGAGCAUUUCCAGGGCAGGCGUUGCGAAUUCACGGCUUGCUGCCAGAACAUCAUGGAGUUCGGUAUGGAGACCGUCCGCUCCCUGAAGGUGGAGUGUGGCGCCUGGGUUGGUUUUGAGCACACUUCCUUCAAUGGCCAGCAGUUCAUCCUGGAAAAGGGAGAUUAUCCUUGCUGGGAGGGCUGGAGUGGCAACAAUGCCUAUCGCAUCGAGAGGAUGAUGUCCUUCCGUCCUGUCUAUUCUGCUAUGCACAAAGAUUCCCGUAUGACUCUUUUCGAUUGUGAGAACAUGACUGGAAAGCAGUGGGAGGUUUGCAAUGACUACCCCUCCCUGCAGGCUAUGGGAUGGUGCAACAAUGAGGUUGGCUCCAUCAAGGUCAUGAGUGGCGCCUUUGUAUGCUAUCAGUAUCCCGGUUACCGUGGUUACCAGUACAUAAUGGAGUGUGACUGCCAUGGAGGCGAGUACAGGCACUACAGGGAGUACGGAUGCCAUGCUCAGACCCCCCAGAUCCAGUCGAUCCGUAGGAUCCAGCACUGAGAGGAACCGUCUUGUGUCCUCCCUACUUCACCUCUCAGCUUCCUCCUUCUGAUCCUCUCCUUCCUCCAUUCCCUCUAUCCCUCCGUUCCCGGCCAUGCAGGAUGGUUUGUUGACCAGGCUGGCUGGUAAACUGGUGCUAAACCAAUGUAACAAGCCCACAGCACUUUUUUACCCACGACGCGAAGAAAGACUAUUCACAGCAGGAACUAUAAGAAAAAGAAGAGAAG